CUGUCCGAGAGUCAAAUCAACAUGGUGAAGGUAGUGAACUCAGUGAGCGAUGCCCUGAACUCCAUGCAGAAAGAACAGGGAGGCAUUAAAACACGUCUGAAAGCUGAUCUGCAGAAGGCCCCUGCCAGAGGAACGCGACCCAGAGGCUGUGCCAAUGGCUCCCGGCCCAGAGACUGCUCUGACAUUUACACGAGUGGACAGAGGGAAGAUGGCAUCUACUCUGUGUUUCCAACUCAUUAUCCUUCGGGGUUCCAGGUCUUUUGUGACAUGAGCACAGAUGGAGGAGGGUGGACGGUUAUCCAGCGUCGGGAGGACGGCUCGGUGAAUUUCUUUAGAGGAUGGGAUGCAUACACAGAAGGAUUUGGAAAGAUAACUGGGGAGCACUGGCUAGGUAUGAAGAGGAUCCAUGCCUUGACCAUCCAGGCUAACUACGAGCUGCGGAUCGAUCUGGAAGACUUUGAGAACAGCACAGCGUUUGCGCAUUACAGCACGUUCGGGGUGGGCUUGUUCUCGGUCGACCCUGAUGAAGAUGGAUACCCACUGACCGUAGCGGACUACUCUGGAACUGCAGGCGAUUCGCUGCUAAAGCACAACGGGAUGAAAUUCACCACAAAGGACAGAGACAGCGACCACUCGGAGAACAACUGCGCGUCUUUCUACCACGGAGCCUGGUGGUACCGGAACUGCCACACCUCCAACCUGAACGGGCAGUACUUGAAGGGGCACCACACGUCGUACGCGGACGGGAUCGAGUGGUCCACCUGGACAGGGUGGCAGUACUCACUCAAAUUUGCCGAAAUGAAGAUCCGACCAAACAAGGAUGACAGCAAGUGAUGAGGAAUAACACAUAUAUAUAUAUAUAUAUAUAAAAAACACACUUCGCUCUUCGAGAAACCGUAAUGUUCAGUACUGUAAGUCACGAUAAAGAGGACGUUCUUUCAGCUUGUUUUAACUUUUGAAAACGUCCCAGAUCAUACCGUAUUGUAGGGGGUUUACCUUGGGCAGGAAAUAUCAGUCUCAAUAUUGUCUCAACUAAGGUAGACAGUGUUUCUUCUCGUUUAGGAGUCACGGUGUAUUAUUAUCAGUUCCCGCCGUCAUAUCCUGGUGACAUUUUAAAUUUAAAACAAUCACUCCCCGGCGAACUCAACAGAGCUCUUCGAAUCAUGCUAAUAAUAAUUACAGUAGGUCCUGAAUGUGCACCAGUGCACCUGUCCCCCUGCGCAACCCUGGUUAACUCGGGUACUUUUACCAAAUUGCAUUGAAAAAUGUGUUGUUAUUAUUAUUAUUAUUGUUUAUUUAUUUAUUUAUUUAUUUACGCGGAGGCAUUAUCGUCAGACUUGGUGGGAGCGCAUCUACCCACGCAUUUAUUAGAUCACAACAGGUCUGGUUUGUUUUGCUAAGGAGUGAUUUGAGCAGUCCUUGUCUUUGCAACCUGUGAGACGGACUUGAUUCAAGCUACCUCAAAAUGUGAAGGGAGUAAGUCCUAGAGGUGUCACGACAUGCUAGAAUCAGAAUAGCAACCAACUUGUGGCACAGGAGCAGGACAGCUGGCCCUGGAGGUAUGAACUGGGUUACAUAUCAGAAAUAAGCCCCAUUUAUUCAUCAUUCUCUAACCCAAGGGUGGCCAAGCAUGGUCCUGGAGGGCAAUUCCACUCCAGGUUUAACAGGUAAAAUGAGGUGAUGAACUACUUCAGGG